AACGGUAUAAAAUUCAUUAAUACGAAAAAAUUAAUUACGUGAAAUUAAGUUUAAAACGCACGUACUUUAAAUGGAACAUCGGGCCCUAAAAUUUGAGUCAUUUCUUCAAAUUUCCUAGCAUUUCCUGUAACAAAGACAACUUGCUGUACCAUUUUUCGAAGUGUUCCAGAAGACCGGUAUGCCAUCAACCAGCUGCGCUUAAUCUUGUAUGUAACCUCCCGAAAGAAAUGUUAAUCUUGCAGGUUAUCGUACAGUUGACGUUACAACUCGGCAUUUUGCCUUUAACUCGGUAUUUUAAUAUUUUAUAAAUAUUUAUCAUGAGCGGUCAUAGUCAUGGCCAUGGUUGUGAUGGAGAUCAUAACCAUGAUGAAACGCCUGAAAUGGGCUUACAAUAUAGCUUGUACACGAAAAUUGAUAUAGAUAAUUUACAAUGCUUAAAUGAAACUGUAGAAGAUUCUGGAAAAUCAAUUUUCAAACCUUGGGAAGAUCGGCUGAAUAUGGAUAAGUUUGUAGAAAGUGAUGCAGAUGAAGAAUUACUAAUUAAUAUACCGUUUACAGGGAAUGUGAAAUUGAAAGGAAUAAUUGUGAUAGGAGGCGAAGAUAAAUCACAUCCCUCUAAAAUGAGGCUGUACAAGAACAGGCCAUAUAUGACUUUUGAUGAUACUUCCAUCCCUCCUGACCAAGAAUUCGAUCUUCAUCCAGAUAAUGCUGGAACAUUAGAAUAUUCAACCAUGGUUGUUAAAUUUUCUAGCGUGCACCAUUUAUCAAUACAUUUCCCUAGCAAUUUCGGUUCAGACUCGACUAAGCUUUACUACAUAGGCCUAAAAGGAGAAUUUUCACCAGCUCACAGGCAUGGAGUCACCAUUUGCACAUACGAGACCCAGCCCAAUGUGUCUGAUCUUACGAAAACUAUUGGAAGUCCUGUUGAACAAGUUCAAUAAGCCUCACAAUAUUUUUUUUUUAUUAUUAAUUUUAUGUUAAGCAAAUGUUUAAAAUUAAAUCAUCUCAUGUUUUCAAUGCCAUGUAAAGUGUGAUUUGAUAUUAUUGUUUGAAAUUAAAACGUUUUUCAUUUUUUUUCUAUUUUGUAAUAAAGUGAUUAUAUCUUUAGUUAA